UAUUUUUCUGUGUACUUUUCUUCAAAUUUCUAGGGAUGUUGUUUAGAACUAGGGUCCCCCAACUAACUGGACCAGGAUCUUCCACACAGGGUACUGAUUUCCUACCAUACCCAAAAAUCUGCAGUUGUUAAGUGUGAGUGCUGGUUUGUCUCUAACAUCAUCAACUUUGAUCGCAGGCCGAAUCUGCCGAGAACUGAUCCAGCAGCAGUUAAAACGCCAGGUCGUGUCCACUAGUUGAGGAUUAAUGGAAUGAGAAACAACUAACUUUGGACCAGACCUGCUGUGAUGCAGUCUGAGAUGGCGAUGUAACUACGAAACGCUGUAUGUCGAGGACGUUGUAAACUGAGGACUCCCUGGAUACCUGUGGCGGCGACACCAGGGGGUAGAAGUUUUUACAGGAUCAAAAAAAUCACAGUGUGACGAAAAGGUGGAAAAACAAAAACCUCUGCAGUCAGGAUGCAGCACUCAGUGGUGUUGAUGCUGGUGGUCCUGUGGGUGGCACAGACUGUACAGACCUGUCCUGAUGUCUGUAAAUGCUCCCAAAAGCCCGAAUCAGAAAAGCUGGAGGUCGACUGCCACAGGAAGGCUCUUCAGCAUUUCCCUGCCGGAGUGCCGCGCGAUGCUAGCGUCCUAAAUCUGGGUCAUAAUGAUAUAACAGAAAUACUGCCUCGGGCUCUGCGGUCAUUUCCAAAGCUCGAGAGCCUCAUUCUGGAAAAAAAUGCCAUCAAGUCCAUCCAGCUGCAGGCCUUCGUUGGUGCCAGGCACUUGGAACUACUUAAUCUUGACAAAAACCACAUCACCAGCCUACCAUCAAAGGGAUUUAAGGGCCUCCUAAACCUUCGUUUCCUCAGGCUUGGAGAGAACCAGAUUGGUGUUCUGAAAGCAGACAUGUUUGUGAGCAUGAAGAAUCUGUCAGAACUUGAUCUUCCUUUUAAUGCACUGUCUGCACUGCCAUCGAAUGCCUUCAAGUACCUCACGGCCCUGAAAGUGCUGGGACUCUCCUCGAACGGCAUCAAGAAGAUGUCGUCGAAGGCUUUCAACGGUCUCCAACGACUGAUGUUUCUCAACCUGGACAGUAACAGUCUCAAGAAUUUUCCUGCUGGGACAUUCCUGCCUCUUCAAAAUCUGGGAAUGCUGAUUCUAGAUAACAACCUUCUUUCUUCACUGAAUCCUUCAGCGUUGGAUGGCUUGCUCAACUUGGAGGAUCUUUACCUGAGGAAGAACAACCUGGAGCACCUGCCGCCGUAUGUGUUCCACAACUUGCCAAAGCUCUCUCAACUGGCUCUCAGCGGAAACCGCCUGAAAACGGUGGACGGUCAAAUCUUCUUCCAUAUGCACAACUUAAAAAAGUUAAGCAUCCACGACAACCCGUGGAGGUGUGACUGUAACCUCGGCUCCCUGGUGCAGUGGAUGGGACAGACUCAGGCUAAACUGUCUCCUCCUUCCACCUUGAGAUGUUCCAGUCCUCCAGAACUCUUCAAAAAGAUGCUGAGCAGCCUCAAAGACGAUAAACUGUUUUGCCCUGUCUGACAGACUGAGUGUUAACUGCACAUUUAGAUUCACAUUCACUCAAACAAUGUAGAUGUCUGUGUUGACCUAAGGUUUCAAACUCAUUUUGGUUCA